AGUGACUCUUUAGGGAGCGCGCAGGAGGAUGCACUCAGCCCUGUAGGACGCUUUAUUUUCGUCAAACUUCCCUCUGCGAGUGAUGCUCCUGUAGGAAGACGCUUGCAAGAGUUGCAAAAUGGCCGAUAAAGACAGCGUGGAGAAGUAUCUGGAGAACAACCCGCAGUUCGCCAAAGAGUACUUCGACAAGAAGCUGCGGGCGGAAGCCUUGUCAGCCGCUUUCUCCGCCGCCGUCCAGGUGACGGACACCGCCUCCUUCAAGGAUGUCAACUCGGUGCAAGAGGCCGCCAUCGUCUUCGAGCUGGUGCAGGAGAUGGAGAAGCAGGGCCCGGUGGAGGAGUCCAUCCACAAGGUGCUGCAGAGGCUGGCCCUCAUCCUGCAAGCCGACAGGGUCAGCUUUUACCUGUGCCGCUCCAGGAACGGCACGCCCGAGCUCGCCAGUUGCCUCUUCGACGUGAACCCGACGUCCAAAUACGAGGCCAACUUGGUCCACCCCCAGACUGAGAUUGUGAUCCCCCUGGAGAUGGGCAUUGUCGGAUUCACUGCAAAUACCAAAAAGCCCCAAAAUGUCCCCGAUGUGUCUCAGAAUAAAAAGUUCUGCGACUUUGUGGACAAGCAGACGGGCUACAAGACCAAAUGCAUGCUCACCUUCCCGCUGGUGGCCGACAAAGAGUGCCUUGGGGUCGUCACGGCGCUCAACAAGAUCGGUGCGGCUCACUUCACCCCGGAAGAUGAAGCGCUCUUCCACAAGUACAUGACCUUUGCUCAAGUCAUCGCCCUGCAGCAUCACACCAACUACAUGUUCAACGUGGAGUCCAGAAGGAGUCAGGUCCUUCUUUGGUCCGCUAGUAAAGUUUUUGAAGAGUUGACGGACAUCGAGAGACAGUUCCACAAAGCUCUCUACACCGUGAGGACAUACCUGCUGUGUGAAAGAUACUCGGUGGGCCUCUUGGACAUGACCAAGGAGAAGGAAUUCUAUGACGAAUGGCCGGUGAAACUUGGAGACGUGGAACCUUAUAAAGGACCUAAAACGCCAGAUGGAAGGGAAAUCAUCUUUUAUAAGAUAAUCGACUACCUCCUGGAGGGCAAAGAGGAAAUCAAAGUCAUACCUGGUCCUCCAGCAGAUCAUUGGGCUCUGGUUAGCGGACUACCCACCUACGUGGCAGAGAACGGCUUUAUUUGUAACAUGAUGAACGUGGCUGCAGAUGACUUCUUCACUUUUCAGAAAGAGGCAGUGGAUGACACAGGUUUCGUCAUCAAAAACUGUCUGUCGCUGCCCAUCGUCAACAAGAAAGAAGAAAUUGUGGGCAUCGCCACUUUCUUCAACAGGAAAGACGGCAAGCCCUUUGACGAAUACGAUGAGCAAAUCACAGAGGCCCUGACCCAGUUCCUGGGCUGGUCCGUCCUCAACUGUGACACCUACGACAGGCUCAACCGUAUGGAGUACAGGAAAGACAUCGCCCAGGAGAUGCUCAUGUACCAGAGCAGGUGUACGACCGAUGAACUACAGUCCAUCUUGAACACCAAGGAAAAGUUUGAUAGUGAGCCCGAAGACUGUGACCAGAAAGACAUGUACAAACUAUUGAGAGGAACGUGCCCGCCAGCCGACAACGUCAAUGGCGAGAACUUGUACAACUUCGGCUUCAGCGAUUUCCCCGUGUCCGAGUUCGACCUCAUCAAAGCCGGCAUUCGAAUGUUCUUUGAACUCGGGGUGAUUGAAAAGUUCAAAGUUCCAGCAGAGACGCUGACUCGCUGGAUGUACACUGUGAGGAAGGGCUACCGGGCCAUCACCUACCAUAACUGGCGGCACGGCUUCAACGUGGGCCACACCAUGUUCUGCCUGCUUCAGACAGGGAAGCUGAGGAAGUACUAUUCCGAUCUGGAUGCCUUUGCCAUGGUAGCCGCCGCCUUCUGUCACGAUAUCGACCACAGAGGCACCAACAACCUCUACCAGACAAAGAGUACGUCUCCUCUUGCCAAACUUCAUGGCUCAUCGAUCAUGGAGAGACACCACUUGGAGUACAGCAAGACCCUCAUGGCCGAGGAGAGCCUGAACAUCUUCUGCAACCUUCAGAAGCGGCAGUUUGAGACCGUGCAGCACCUGUUUGACGUCUGCAUCAUCGCCACCGACCUGGCGCUCUACUUCAAAAAGAGAACCAUGUUCCAGAACAUUGUGAACGUCACCGAGCCAAUGGCAAACGAAAAGGAAGCCGUGGACUACAUUUCCAACAACCCCACCAGAAAGGAGGUUAUCAUGGCCAUGAUGAUGACCGGCUGCGAUCUGUCAGCCAUCACCAAACCCUGGGAAGUGCAGAGCAAGGUGGCGCUGAUGGUCGCCGCCGAAUUCUGGGAACAGGGAGAUCUGGAGAGAUCGGUUUUGGACCAGCAACCUAUUCCCAUGAUGGACAGAAACUGCUCCGAGCAGCUACCCAAGAUGCAGUGCGGUUUCAUCGACUUUGUGUGCUCGUUUGUGUACAAGGAGUUCUCCAGGUUCCACAAGGAGAUCCAGCCCAUGUUCGACGGCCUCAACAACAACCGCUCGCACUGGAACGAGCUGGCCGAGGUGUACAACGCCAAGAUGAAAGCCAUCGAGGACGAGAAGAAGAAACUGGAAGAGGAAGAAGCCAGGAAAGCGGGCGGCGGCGAAGGGAAGUCAAAAACGUGCGUCGUCUGCUAACUUCCUCCUCCUGGCGCUUGGAUAUGAACUGUUGAGCCUCCUGCUUGGAUCUAUAGAACUUCCUGGUUUAGGUCCAGUCCAACCUAGACCACUUUUAGUCUCCUAGACCUGCCUGAGGACGGAAUAAUCGCACACGACGAAGAACAAUGUGGGAAUUCUUGAAGACAUGUUGGACGAUGGAAUGUUUCCACUUCUUCGGACAUGAUCCACGGACGCUAAGCCCCGCCCACGACUCCUCAUGUCAUGUUGCUAGCCAGUUAGCGCAUUGUCUAGUUGCACUUAGCUGCUGCUGAUUGAGCAGCGCCCAAUGGAUGAAGGCUGCGGUCAUAAUACAAAACCCAAAACCAGUGAAGUCGGCACGUUAUGUAAUUCGUAAAUAAAAACAGAAUACAAUGAUAUGCAAAUCCUUUUCAACUUAUAUUCAAUUAAAUAGACUGCAAUGACAAGAUAUUUAAUGUUCCAACUGAGAAACUUUAUUUAUUUUUGCAAAUAAUCAUUAACUUAGAAUUUAAUGGCAGCAACACAUUGCAAAAAAGUUGGCACAGGGGCAUUUUUACCACUGUGUUACAUGGCCUUUCCUUUUAACAACACUCAGUAAACAUUUGGGAACUGAGGAGACACAUUUUUUAAGCUUUUCAGGUAGAAUUAUUUCCCAUUCUUGCUUGAUGUACAGCUUAAGUUGUUCAACAGUCCGGGGGUAUGCGUUGUGGUAUUUUAGGCUUCAUAUUGUCACACACAUUUUCAAUGGGAGACAGGUCUGGACUAGAGGCAGGCCAGUCUAGUACCCGCACUCUUUUACUAUGAAGCCACGCUGUUGUAACAUGUGGCUUGGCAUUGUCUUGCUGAAAUAAGCAGGGGCGUCCAUGGUAACGUUGCUUGGAUGCCAACAUAUGUUGCUCCAAAACCUGUAUGUACCUUUCAGCAUUAAUGGUGCCUUCACAGAUGUGUAAGUUACCCAUGUCUUGGGCACUAAUACACCCCCAUACCAUCACAGAUGCUGGCUUUUCAACUUUGCGCCUAUAACAAUCCGGAUGGUUCUUUUCCUCUUUGGUCCGGAGGACACGACGUCCACAGUUUCCAAAAACAAUUUGAAAUGUGGACUCGUCAGACCCCAGAACACUUAUCCACUUUGUAUCAGUCCAUCUUAGAUGAAGUGAAGUGAAUUAUAUUUAUAUAGCGCUUUUACAUAGUGAAACCCAAUAUCUAAGUUACAUUUAAUCCAGUGUGGGUGGCACUGGGAGUAGGUGGGUAAAGUGUCUUGCCCAAGGACACAACGGCAGUGACCAGGAUGGCGGAAGCGGGAAUCGAACCUGGAACACUAAAGUUGCUGGCACGGCCACUCUACCAACCGAGCUAUGCCGCCCCAUGAUGAGCUCGGGCCCAGCGAAAAGCUGGCGGCGUUUCUGGGUGCUGUUGAUAAAUGGCUUUGGCUUUGCAUAGUAGAGUUUUUACUUGCACUUACAGAUGUAGCAACAAACUGUAGUUACUGACAGUGGUUUUCUAAAGUUUCCCCAAGCCCAUGUUGUGAUAUCCUUUACAUACUGAUGUCGCUUUUUGAUGCAGUACCGCCUGAGGGAUCCAAGGUCACGUGCGUUCAAUGUUACGUGCAGUGAUUUCUCCAGAUUCUCUGAACCUUUUGAUGAUAUUACGUACUGCAGAUGGUGAAAUCCCUAAAUUCCUUGCACUAGCUCGUUGAGAAAUGUUGUUCUGAAACUGUUGCACUAAGUGGUGACCCUCGCCCCAUCCUUGUUUGUGAAUGACUGAGCAUUUCAUGGAAGCUGCUUUUAUACCCAAUCAUGGCACCCACCUGUUCCCAAUUAGCCUGUUCACCUGUGGGAUGUUCCAAAUAAGUGUUUGAUGAGCAUUCCUCAACUUUCUGUCUUUUUUGCCACUUGUGCCAGCUUUUUUUAAACAUGUUGCAGGCAUCAAAUUCCAAAUGAGCUAAUAUUUGCAAAAAAUAAUAAAGUUUUCCGGUUCGAACGUUAAGUAUCUUGUCUUUGCAGUCUAUUCAAUUGAAUAUAAGUUGAAAAGGAUUUGCAAAUCGUUGUAUUCUGUUUUUAUUUACCAUUUACACAACGUUCCAACUUCACUGGUUUUGGGUUUUGUAAUAAAAAUGGGAAAUUUACGAGUACAUCUAAUAAGAGAAAAGUUGGAAUUUUGUCUAAAAAAAAAAAAAGUGUAACUUUAUGAGGUACAGCAAAUCUAAUUUUUUGAACUAAAGUGGUGAUUUUACACGACUGAAACCCGUAAUCUUACAAAAAUACCUUUGGAAGGUUAUGAGAAAAAAAUCAUAAAUUGCAAAACAAAUGUAAAAGUGGCAAAAAAGUCGAAAAUUAAUUUAUAUAAUAUCUUUAGAAAAAGUUUUUUGUUUUACGGCAACACAUUUGUCAUUUUUUGAGUCUUAUUUUUUCGAUUAUAAACGAUGUUACUGUACGAGAAAAAGGACAUUUGGAAAACUACGAGACAAAACUUGUACAUUUGUGGGCUUGAUACGAACUACAGGGAAACUUUUUUGAACUUCUCUCUACAAAAAAUCUGAAUAUUCUAAAAAUUAUGAGGACUAAAAAUAUUUUGAGUUAUUUUACGAGAAUAAAACAAAAGCAGCUUUACGAGAAAAAUUGUAAAUUACUUGAAGUGUCAUAAUUCAAUGACAAAGUUGUAAUAUAAUAUAUAAUAAUACAUACAUAUUUAGAGACAGAAACGUUGACUAUUUUGUAAUAUUAUGGAGAAAUGUGUAAUAUUUGGAGAAACUUGACGAGUUAAUGAGCAUAAAUGUGUCAUAAUUUUACGAGAUUUGCCCAAAAAAAGUCCUAAUUUGGGGUUAAUCAGUUGAAGAAACAUUCCAAGAGUUGAGGCCAACAAUGAAUGCGAGCACUUUUACUUGAGGAGGAAAGGUUUCAUUAUCAAUCUACUGCAUAAACACAUCGAUUGGGCCAAAGUCCUCCUUGAUGUGGCGCAAAGCUGAACUGUUUUACCCUCUUUUUUUUUUUUUUUUUAAGUAACAAGCCUCCUCUUUCAAAACAUGAGCCAUCAAUCAAAGGUCCUUAAUCCUAUCAGGGCAGCUUUACAGCUACCUGGAAACGUCGCUCUCUCCCUGCUUGAGGAGCCAAAAAGUGCACCCGGGCCAUCAUUUCAUAACCCGUUGAAAUGACCUCAUCGAGUGUACGUGUCAGAGAUGUAUGUAAGAAGCAAAUAAACGGAGUUCACCGUGA